AUGCAAGAUUCCGACACCGUCAAGGGAUCCCAAUUUAAGACUCUUCAAUCCGCGUGCGUGACUGACUUCGAAGUCACACACGGAGUUAUGAGAUCUCUUGCCGAAAGAGCUGAAAACCGCAUCAAAGGCUUUGCCGAGAUUACGAGAAUCAAUACGAUAACAGCCUCGAUGCGGCCAAGCUCGCAAGUCCCAAUUUUUGGUGGUUCACCAAACGACACCUUCUCCGCAUUUUUGCGAUCCUUCAAUGAUCAUGCUAAUACAGCAAAACCUCCUUUGGGAGACCUCGAAAAGAGGAAUAUUUUCUUGACUUAUUUGACAGACGCAGCCAGAGACCGCGCAGAGGAGUUCCUGGAGCAAGAGAGCGAAGCCUCGUUCGCAACCUUGGUUAACCAUCUAAAGGUAAAAUACGAAGAUCCGGUAAGAGCAGAACUCUCGCGCCAGCAACUCCGAACAACGAACCAGCUUCCGGGCGAGUCUGUAGAUGAGUUUGCAGCUAAGCCUGACACGACCGCUGACGAUACAGUAAGAGAAUUACGCGCUCAAGUCGAAGCGUUGACCAUGCGCAACAACCAACUAACGAACAGCAUGACGCCCAGAGUUAACACGGUAAGAGUCUCGAAAUUACCUUUGUUCAUUGCUCUCCUCGCCUGCCUGGCAAGUCCCACCACCGCGUUUAAUGCUCUUUUAUGUCUACCGAACUCUCCCGAAUCGCUGAUCAACAUUCCAUCAUCGUUCGAUUGCAACUCAGUCAAACCCUCCCCAUUCACCCAGACAAAGAAAGUUUCUCUCAGCGUUUACCGACCAAAUUCCAUUGCGUAUGACUCUACCGCCACCCUCUGCAAAAUCAUUCAAACCACGUCCACUUUCUCCGUUAACCUUUUUGGAUCCCGCUACAUCGAAACAAAUUCCAAGCAAGCAACCGUUUCGGCAGAAGAAUGCAAACUAAUGAUGAAUCAUCAACGUUGCUCAUUCGGUGACCUUCAGCCAAGAGACGGCAUUUUUAAAACCAAUAACGCCCACAGAAUCGAAUGGCCAAACUUUCUAAUCGGCGCGCUAUCCCCAGCAAAAACUGUUGUAACAAAUAAUUGCCUCAUGCUCACAACCAGAAUUGUAAUGCGUUUUAAUCAAAAAUUUCCCGAGUCUCCCGCGGGAUCCAUGAGGGGUUGCGACUACACAACGGGCUUCUGCAACCAACGCCAGGGAGCGGCAUUCAUGUGGAAACCAAAUCCAGAACAGAGUUGCCGUUUCAUCAAACUGCGGACCAUGUCCGGUCACCAAUCAGAUAACAUUUGGCUGUCUGAAAACAAAGAAUUCGCACUAUCUUUUAACUCUUCAAAUCCAAUAAUCGAAGACUGUGGCAAAUCUCUCGUAGUCACAGAUCAAGGCUUCGCUGUCCCAACCAGACGAAUUGCCAAACGGGAAAUAGUCCCACCCUCUAUCACCAACCUAACAAACUUUGUCUCGUCAAACCAACUUUCGGCCCAGCUCUUGGCGGCAGAGAAGGAUAUUUUAGAAUCCUCCUCUCUUUGCAUUUCAACCUCCGACAUCGUGCCAUCUCAACCCACAAUUUUCCACCACCUAGUCAUCGGGUCUAUAACGGAAACAAUCUCCCCAGCCCACUAUAACGAAAUCUGGGACGCAUUAGAGGGUUCAGCCGACAAAUUAACAAAAAUCGUAAGCCGCAACGCUUUCUCAACCAGCGGCAGCACAAAAGCCAGCGAGAUUAGCGAAGUCAUCAGCGCCUACGAGCAAUGGCUUGACUUCGGUCACCGAUUGUUCCAGGCCUGGACCGCUAUAGUUUGCACAUUUGUCACCCUUUACGCAAUCUUCCUCGUCGUAGCCAUAUUCAUCAAGCAACAGGCCGAAGCGCUGCCAUUCAGCGUUUCCCACCGUUUUGGCAAAAAGACGGCUAAUCCACCCUCCGAAGUCAUCUUCGACUAUUCGGACCUACUGCCGGCAACAACUACAAUAGCUACCUUCCACUCUCCGCAAGCGUUUUUCACCGCGCAAAUUCCCAUUAAAGCGAACAACAUUAAUCUCCUAGCCCUGGUGGACACCGGCGCCAGUUUUACCAUAGCAGGCUCCGAGAUAUGCGCACUCAUCGGCAUCCACACGCUCAACAAACCGCUGACUAACAACGCUAUAGGCUUGGGAGGCAACGAAGUGAAAAUUGCGGGAACCGCGCCAAUCAGGUACAAAAUCGGAUCAUUCGAAAUUCAACACAUCACACACUUCACGAUCAAUAAAUGCACUCCACCGGGUCCGUUCUUCUACGACAUUAUAUUAGAGGCUUUUGUCACUUGUGUUUCCCCGCAAAAUAAAAACGUCUUCGACGCCACUCUCAUUUCUCAAGCCAAAAAGAUCACAGAACUUGGACUUCUCAUCGCACCAACAGUCAUAUCAACUAACCACAUUGCUCUUCUCGUUACUAACCCAUCGAAUCAAAUGGUCACUCUGUACCCAGAGAUGACCAUCGCCACCGCGGCGAUGGUAUUCUCCGAAGGCACACCUGAAAAAGUGCUGACCUGCCAUUACUCUUCAGGGGGUUCCCCUGACGUUCUGUCAAUAGAUAACGAAAAUUUCAGAAACCCGCAGUUUAAGAUCGACCUGACCAAGGCCGAACUCUCAGAUGAGAGGAAGGAACUACAUCUUCAUAAACCUUUACAAGCCAAGAAGGCUGAUCGCAACAGCAACUUCCGCGCUAUCCUUGUUAACCACUACAUGGAAAAGCUUAGUCAUUCCCGAAGCACACCAAUGAUCCGAUCCACCGCGGUUUCCGAACCGCUACGAGCUCUGGUCGAGAAACGAUUGGUACCGACCGUCGAACUCCGCCACGUAUGGAGAACUCACCCGACCAUCACAACCGCAUUGAGUGAUCUAUUCUACGGCAAUUCCCUCAUUACCAAGGUAGAGGCUAGGGAGCGGUCAAACUUUAUGACACGUACCCCGUGGUGGCCGAACAAAGAGCAUCCAAUCCUGUUCGUGCACCACACACACAGCCACACCUUGGCUGAAAGAGAUGUCGGAGUCGUGGCAUUCUACCGAGCUCAAGCUGACCGAAUUGCCAACGCGCUGAACGAAGUUUCCGUCACAACUGGCACAGUUGACGCUUUCCAAGGCCAAGAACGAGAAGUCAUGAUCGUAUGCCUGACCAGGACCCACGGAGAUCCCACCGACUUCUUGCUCGACGAACGAAGAAUAAAUGUGGCGAUGUCCCGGGCGAAACAGUGCGUCAUUCUAGUCGGCAACGCAAACAUCAUUGGAGAAGCCGGAUACUGGAGCGAAAUAUUCCGCACAUGCCGAUACGCACAAACGAUUCUCACCGAGUCUCAACUACCGGAAGCACAAUAA